AUGGAGCCAGAAAACCUUACAGGAGUGACAGAAUUUCUUCUUCUAGUUCUGCAGGCCCUCAUCUUUUACCUUUUCCUGUCCAUGUACCUGGUCACCGUGCUGGGGAACCUGCUCAUCAUCCUGGCCGUCAGCUCAGACCCCCACCUCCACACGCCCAUGUACUUCUUCCUGUCCAACCUGUCCUUCGUAGACAUCUGCUUCACCUCCACCACCGUCACUAGAAUGCUGGUGAACAUCCAGACACAGAACAAAGCCAUCAGCUAUGCAGGAUGCAUCACCCAGAUGUACUUUUUUGUCCUCUUCACAGGCCUGGAUGAUUUCAUCUUGACGGUGAUGGCCUAUGACCGAUUCGUGGCCAUCUGCCACCCCCUGCACUACCCGGUCAUCAUGAACCCCCGGCUCUGCGGGCUGCUCCUUCUGGUGUGCCUGAUCACGAGUGUCCUGGAUUCCUUGUUAGAAAUCCUCAUGGUGUUGCCACUGUCCUUCUGUGCACAUGUGGAAAUCCCUCACUUCUUCUGUGAACUCAAUCAAGUGGUCCAUUUGGCUUGUUCUGACACAUUUUUUAGUGACUUGAUGAUGUAUAUUUCAGCAGUGCUCCUGGGGGUUGGCCCCCUCAUUGGGAUUCUUUAUUCCUACUCUAAGAUUGUUUCCUCCAUCCGCAGAAUCUCCUCAGCUCAGGGGAAGUAUAAAGCGUUUUCCACCUGCACGUCUCACCUCUCCGUGGUCUCCUUGUUUUACGGCACAUCCAUUGGCGUGUACCUGAGUUCUGCGGUGACACAGAACUCACAGCGUACUACCAUUGCCUCGGUGAUGUACACGGUGGUCACCCCCAUGCUGAACCCCUUCAUCUACAGCCUCAGGAACAAAGACAUCAAGGGUGCUCUGACAAGUCUCUUUGGGAAGAAAAAAUGA